GAUCGGGAACCCAUCGCCUGCCCGGAGGAGAAGAUCUUUUGCAAAUUUUCUGAUUUUUUUGAACCCCUCCCACUGCCGAAGUUGGACAGACGAAGUAACUGCGAGGGGCUGUAAGCACGGCAAGCUCUUGCUGAAACGCUGCCGAAGCUGCUCCCUCCCCUCCCCCCGACCCCCCCGAUUGCUCCCUCCCUCUGAGCUACAUGGUCUAUUUGCUGCCUCCCAUCCUGUGUCUCUGCAGAUGUUUUAGAGCAACAGGUUCAGGAACUUGAAAUAUAGGGGUGGGAAAAGAGAAGGGAAAAAAAAAUCAAAACCAAAAAGGAAGGAAAGAAAGAGCCGUCAGAGGAGGAAGAACAACCCCAGCGCAGGAGGCAAAGAAGACGGGGACAACCCUGGUCGUCGCUGCUGCUCCUGCCGCCCCCACCCCUGCUCGGGGAUGUACCUUUCCAUUUGUUGCUUUUUCUUCUGCUGGGCUCCCGCCCUGUCGCUGAAGAACCUGAAUUACUCGGUGCCGGAGGAGCAGGGAGCGGGCACGGUCAUCGGGAACAUCGGGCGCGAUGCGCGGCUGGCGGCAGGCGCGGCGGGAGGCGGGAUGCUGCCAGCGGAGCGUGGCAUUCCCGGUGGCGGCCCCGGGGGCGGCCGCGGCUCCAAGUCCACCUUCCGGGUGCUGGAGAAUUCAGCCCCGCACCUCCUGGACGUGGACGGGGAGAGCGGGCUGCUCUACACUAAGCAGCGCAUUGACCGUGAGGCGCUGUGCCGGCGCAGCGCCAAGUGCCAGCUGUCCCUCGAGGUGUUCGCCAAUGACCAGGAGAUCUGCAUGAUCAAAGUGGAGAUUCAGGACCUGAACGACAAUGCACCAUCAUUCCCCUCUGACCAAGUGGACAUGGACAUCUCCGAAAAUGCUGCACCAGGCACCCGCUUCCCCCUCACCAGUGCCCACGACCCAGACGCUGGGGACAAUGGUCUGCGCACCUACCUGCUCACUCGUGAUGACUACGGCCUCUUCUCCCUCGAUGUGAAGUCCCGUGGUGAUGGCACAAAGUUUCCCGAGCUGGUCAUCCAGAAGCCAUUAGACCGUGAGGAGCAGAGUCACCACACCCUGGUGCUGACGGCAUUGGAUGGUGGUGACCCACCACGCUCAGGCACGGUGCAGAUCAACGUGCGCCUCAUUGACUCCAAUGACAACAGCCCCAUCUUUGAGGCAGCCUCCUACGUGGUAGAGCUGCCAGAGAACGCACCACUAGGCACGGCAGUCAUCGACCUCAAUGCCACUGAUGCCGAUGAGGGUACCAAUGGGGAGGUGCUCUACUCCUUCAGUGGCUACGCACCUGAGCGCGUCCGUGACCUGUUUAGCAUUGACCCGCAGAGCGGCCUCAUCCGUGUCAAGGGCAACCUAGACUAUGAGGAGAGUGGCCUCAUUGAGAUUGAUGUCCAAGCUCGGGACCUGGGGCCAAAUCCCAUCCCUGCUCACUGCAAAGUCACUGUCCGCCUCAUCGACCGCAACGACAAUGCUCCCACCAUUGGCUUUGUCUCCGUUCGCCAGGGAGCUCUGAGUGAGGCUGCCCCACCAGGCACCGUCAUUGCCCUGGUGCGGGUCACCGACCGUGACUCAGGCAAGAACGGGCAGCUCCAGUGUCGGGUGCUGGGUGGUGGCGGCGGCCCUGGUGCCGUUCCUUUCACCCUGGAGGAGAACUAUGACAACUUCUACACUGUGGUCACCGACCGACCCCUGGACCGUGAGGCACAGGACGAGUACAAUGUGACCAUCGUGGCACGUGAUGGGGGCAAUCCCCCACUUAACUCCACCAAGUCAUUUUCUGUCCGGAUCCUUGACGAGAAUGACAACCCACCCCGCUUCAGCAAGAAUCUUUAUGUGUUGCAGGUGCCUGAGAACAACAUCCCUGGAGAGUACCUGGGCUCAGUCUUGGCCCAGGAUCCUGACUUGGGCCAAAAUGGGACAGUGUCUUACUCCAUUCUGCCUGGGCAUGUGGGAGAUGUCUCCAUCUACACCUAUGUCUCUGUCAACCCCACAAAUGGUGCUAUUUAUGCUCUGAGGAGCUUCAAUUAUGAACAGACAAAGCACUUUGAGUUCCGUGUGCUGGCCAAAGACUCGGGUUCACCCCACCGUGAAAGCAAUGCCACAGUGCGCGUCACCGUGCUCGAUGUCAACGAUAACGCGCCCCUCAUCGUCCUGCCUGCCCUCAUCAACGACACUGCUGAGCUGCAGGUGCCACGCAAUGCUGGGGUGGGCUACCCCGUGGGCACCGUCCGCGCCCUGGACAGUGACUUUGGGGAGAGUGGGCGCCUCACGUAUGAGAUUGUGGAAGGCAAUGAGGAGCACCUCUUUGAGAUGGACCCCACCAGUGGUGAGAUACGCACCUUGCACCCCUACUGGGAGGAGCUCAGCCCUGUGGCUGAACUGGUGGUAAAAGUCAGUGACCAUGGCAAGCCCAGCCUCUCCGCUGUGGCCAAGCUCAUAGUCAGGGCCUUGGCGGGGCCCCUCCCCGAGGCUGGUGAGCCACAGGUGAAUGGCGAGCAGCAUCGGCGGCCACACUGGGACUUGUCGCUGCCGCUGAUUGUGACACUGAGCACUGUCUCCAUCAUCUUGCUGGCUGCCAUGAUCACUAUUGCUGUGAAGUGCAAGCGAGAGAACAAGGAGAUCCGCACCUAUAAUUGUCGCAUUGCCGAGUAUAGCCACCCCCAGCUGGGAGGAGGGGGAGGCAGUGGCGGGGGAGGAGGAGGCAGUGGCAGUGGAGGGGGCAAGGGCAAGAAGAAGAAGAUCAGCAAGAAUGACAUUAUGCUGGUGCCCAGUGAGGGCGAGGACAGCCGGGGUCCCCUCAAUGUCAUGAACGUGGUGAGCAGCCCAUCCCUGGCCACCUCACCCAUGUACUUUGACUACCAGACCCGCCUGCCCCUCAGCUCUCCCAGGUCUGAGGUGAUGUACCUGAAGCCCGCCUCCAACAACCUGACUGUACCCCAGGGACAUGUGGGCUGCCACACCAGCUUCACAGGGCAAGGGACUAACGCCAGCGAGGCUCCCCCGAGCCGGAUGUCCAUAAUUCAGACAGACAAUUUUCCCGCAGAGCCCAAUUACAUGGGCAGCAGGCAGCAGUUUGUUCAAAGUAGCUCCACGUUCAAGGAUCCAGAAAGAGCCAGCUUGAGGGACAGCGGGCAUGGGGACAGUGAUCAGGCUGACAGUGACCAAGACACUAACAAAGGCUCCUGCUGUGACAUGUCUGUUAGGGAGGCACUCAAGAUGAAAACUACUUCAACUAAAAGCCAGCCACUUGAACAAGAACAGCAAGGCAGAGGCCAAAGACCCAUUGUUGGGAUCUGUGGACCAGCCCGCUGUGAGGAUGGAAAAUUUUCAGAGCAAGAAGAAUGUGUUAACUGCACAGAUGAAUGCAGAGUGCUUGGUCAUUCUGACAGGUGUUGGAUGCCACAGUUCCCUGCAGCCAGUCAGGCUGAGAAUGCAGAUUAUCGCACAAAUCUCUUUGUACCCACAGUUGAAGCUAACGUUGAGACUGAGACAUAUGAAACUGUGAAUCCCACUGGGAAAAAGACUUUUUGUACAUUUGGGAAAGACAAGAGAGAGCACACUAUUCUCAUUGCCAAUGUUAAACCUUACUUAAAAGCCAAACGUGCCCUGAGUCCUCUGCUUCAGGAGGUUCCCUCAGCAUCGAGCAGCCCAACCAAGACAUGCAUUGAGCCUUGCACCUCAACAAAAGGACCACUGGAUGGUUGUGAAGUGAAAUCAGGAGCCUUGGCUGAACCAAGCAGCCAGUACUUGUCAACUGACAGUCAGUAUCUAUCGCCCAGUAAACAGUCAAAGGACGCUUCCUUCAUUGCAUCAGAUCAGAUGGCUAGGGCCUUUGCAGACGUGCACUCCCGAGUGAGCCGAGACUCGAGUGAGAUGGACUCUGUUCUGGAGCAGUUAGACCGUUCAGCCCGGGAUCUAGGCAGGGAGUCGGUGGAUGCCGAGGAAGUUGUGAGAGAAAUAGACAAGCUCUUGCAGGACUGUCGGGGAAGUGACCCUGUGGCCAUCAGAAAGUGAGGGGGAAAAUAAGGACAGGCUGGCAGUUGCAUUCCUCUUCUGCUGAUUGAAAGUAAAUCAAUAAAUAAAUUCCCUGGUUAUAACAGAAUUACAGGAAUGAAGGAAGACCAAUGCUGCUUUAAGGCUUUUAGUGAACAUCUGAAGUGCCCACGAGUAUGUUCUUUUCACUGCUCUUUCUUUUUGACAGAUAACACUGGUUUCAUUUUGACCAAACUUUCAUUAGGACAGAGUCAAGUACACCAAGAACAAAAUGAAAGAAGGAAAGACAGUGCCAUUUUGACAAUCUGAUAGGAAGGUGUGAGAAAGAUGGAAUGGAAAUACGUCUGAUACUUUAAGACUGUCCUCAAUAGCUGAUGCUGACUUUACUGUUUACGUAUAAACCCCAAGAAAAACAGGGUUGAAUAAUGCUGAUCUGUGGUGAAUUUCCAGCAGCCACCACAGGCUUCUACUGAAAGUCCUAUAAAGAGUUCUUGUAGUAGUCCAAGCGACACCAAACAUUAACAUUCAUUUGUGGUAAACAUUUAUGUACAAAGUUAUCUGCCACAAAUAUGAAAUAUGAAAAAAAAAGAAAAAAACAACAAUAAAACAAAAAGAACCAUUCCAGAUCAUUAUUCAAGAAAACAUAUCCUCAUCGUUAAUGAAACACUACAUAUCAUAUUAAGGUUAAAUGUAAAAUUAUAUAGUCCAUCUUGUCCUGCACACACAUAAGCUACUCACUUGAUAAAAUGAAAAAAAAGAUUUUAAUAUCUAUUUAGCAUUUUAGUGUCCAACAAAGCUAUAAAUAGUUAGUGAUAAGCUAAAAAAAAAAAAGGAAAAGAAGUGAAAUAAAGUUUGGGAAAAAAGAGUUACCUUAACUGUAAUGCAGAAAAGAAAUUAACAUUAUUAACACUUUUUUAUUCAUUUGUGGACACUAAAAUAGCUCAGGAAAGUGAAAAUGUCAGACAUCCACAAAAAUCACAUGGUCAUUUAAAUGUGCAAAUGUAAGAAGAUUCAGUGUGUUUACAUCAAAUGACAUAUUUUUAUUGAUUUAUUGCAGAUUCAGUGCAUAUGAGCCAAAUUGUUGAGUGUAUAAGAGCUAUAUUGUGUAUUUUAUUAAAUUAAUAUAUAGUUGUGUUGCAAAAAUAUUUGGGCUUAUAUUGUAAAUGGCAAGUGUUGCCUCAGUAGCUGUCGAACUCUAUGAGUUUUGUUUUUUCCUGCUUCCUUUUCCCCAUGGAAUAUGGGAAGCAGCGCCUCAGAGCAAAGUCUCUUGUUUAAUGUAUGGUCUACGAAGUACUGCAGUACAUAAUCUGUUCAAAAUAUGUUUGAGUGAGCUGAUGGAGCUAACUGAACAGCCUACAAAUACAUCCAUCAGACAUGGUUAUGUGCAAGUCCUUGUAGAAGCUUCUAUUGCAAGCCUACGCUUAAUAACAAAAAUUACACUCGAACCAACAUCUGGAACCUCCUUGGGUUUGUUUUUUUUUUUUUUUCCCCAAUACAUGCAGCCAGCCUGUUCAGUGUAGGAUAUUUGAUUGAAUUCUUCAGAGAUGCCACCAUUUUAAAAGUUUUGAUAUUAAGUUUAUAAAGCUGAAAAUUAAAAAUAACUUGGGAUAUAGUUUCUACUUUUUAUUAUUGUUUCUUAAGAAUGUUUUUAUUGCAUUUGAAAAAUUCAAAAUCGAAUGAAACUUGGAAAAGAGCAAAUGAACUUCCACAGUACAAGAAGAAGCAGAAGAAUAAAAUGUUUAGCUCAGGAUUUGUCCCUUAUAUACUUUAGAUACUCUGCUGGAAAUACUGCUGGCACAUUGCUUAAAAACUAUGAUUUUGGUUUCUUAAAUUUAAUCUGUACUAUAAAAACAUUUAUAAGAGGGGUUGGCAAUCUGAAAUACCACAAGCCAUAGUUUUUUUGGUCAGUUCAAAAACAAAAGUUUACCCAACAGCCUAUUUUGGUCUAGGGAUUGCAUUUAAAUGGUGAUUUUAUCUAGUCAGUCCUACAAUGAAUUGUCUUUGGGAGACACCAAUUCUGACAGUUUGCUUUUAGCUCCUGUUAAAAAAUGUCUACAAUUACAUGCAAAAGGAAGGAUCUUGUACAUGUCUUAUCAAGCUACUCUCCAUGUUUUGGACAAUUUAUGUAUCUAAAACGUGGUGUUGUCUGUGUUCUAUAAUUUUUUUCUUUUUUUUUUUUUUUUUGGCCAGGAGACCCGAGAUUGGUUUUGCUUGAUAGCUUGAUAGCUUGAAAUUCCAUAGUGAAGAGGAUUCUUAUUGUUUGAUCAGUCUUUUCUACGUAUUUCUGUGGUGCCCAUCACUUCAGUGUCUGUGCACCAAGUCUUUAGCUCUGCCAGUGAGAUCCAUUAUUCAGCAAAACCUACGCCAGUAUGUAAAUGCAGUCAAGUGAUGGAGAUUUGUGUAUUUUAUAAAUGAUUUUAACACUGAGUAACCAAUUGUACAAUUCAUUGUAUGUUUCUGAAGACAUAAAAACCACAACAUUCUGAGAAAGGGCUGUGCCAAUGUAGGAGGAAUUUACCUUAAGGCUCUCUGUCACUAGUGAUUUACUAGCUUUAGCUGUUUAACACAUUAUCUGUAUUUAGUAGUGAUUAUUUAUUUACCACUCUGAUGUAAUUCAGAAUUCAUGACUCACAGCUUUAUAGAAGAGUUUAGGAAAUCUUGCUUUUAUUUAAUAUGUCUUUCAACUGCCUUGUUUUGUAGAACUCUGGCAUACUGCUUCCCAGUAUAAGAUUAUCCCAGGUUAAAAAAUUUAUUUCACAAUUUAGAAUGGAUACAUAAUGAACCAUUAAACCAGCAGAGCUUAUACAAUGUGAGUUUUGCUGGUUCACUCAAAAUUAACAUGAUUGUGUGUGAAGGACAUUCUGCACACAAAAGAUUUUAAAGUUUUUUUCCUCCAUGAUAUCUCUACUAUCACCACUGGAGAAAGAGGCAGGAAUGAAAGAUAAAGUUUAUGAGUUAUUUCUCUCAUUUUUUACACACAUGCUUUAUAAGUCUGAAAGGAAGUAUCUGUAUGAAAGGAAAGUUGGAGCUAAGGGAGGCAAGUAAAGCAACUAAUAAAUUUGUACUGUACACUGUGAAUAAUUUAUAAGGUAUUCUGUAUCUUUUUUUAAUUAUAAAAAAGCCAGCAAUUUGGAGUUCCUUAUGCAAAUGGCCAAUCAAAUCAGAACUCAAAAUCAGACCUUUCUUGUUUCCCUUUUUUUCUUUAAUUGGUAUGUUUAUCAGGAAACAGAUUCUCCUGAACUGUGAUUUGCCACUUAAGAAUAGAUGUUUCCCAAGUUACCCCUAGAAGUCAAACUGUGUUCAUAGUGGAGCAAGAUACAUCAUUCAAACAAGCUUUCAUGUUGCUUGCUGUCAAAAAUGGAAGGGAAAUUGCUGAGGUCAAGGAGGAGUCUGAAGCCUAGCAUAACAUACACCCACUCAUUAUUGUUUAAUUGCUUUCUUUUGACAUCAGGCAGCAGUUAUUAUUGCAUUAAUUUAAAUGGGAGUUUUGGCUAUCAAGAUUUGUUGACUUGAAGUGUAAUUGAAUGAAAUCUGAUUAAGGUUUUGACUUCUCUGGCCCAAUUGUGAUACAGGUUGGCAUUCUCAUUUAUCAGCCCCUGUCUCCCCAUAUGGCUCAAAGUUGCACCAAUGACUGGUGAAUGACACAAAAAAAGCAAACAAAAGCAGCAUACAUUGUAUGGAUUUUCUCAACCGCUAUUGUUUAAUGGCUGUGUUUAAUGUGA